GGUCAAAACCCGAGGAUUUGAGGCAAAACCCAACGCGGGAAUCCCAAAAAUUCCCUCAGAAUUCCCAAAAAAAAAAAGAAAAAUUCCCAAAUUUUCCCCUCACCCAACAUGGCGCCGCGCUCCGCCGUACGAUGACGUCACAUCCGCGGCGACGCGUGACGUCAUUAAGAAAGCGCCGGCGCAGCAAUGGCGGCGCCCGUUGCCGUACAAGGGAAGAAAAUGGCGGCUCCCUCUGCCGUAACGUGACGUCAUCAGAAGGCGCCGCGCGACGAUGCUGGAGGCGCUGGGCCCGGGGGGGCUCCUGCUCGUGAGGGACACCGCCGAGUCCGAGGGUCGGAGCCUCCUGCGGGCGCUCGUCAGCGAGGCCGCGGCCAGGGCAGAGCAGGUGCUCGUGGUGCUCCUGGAGGUGACGCAGGAGGAAUUCCAGAGGGGGCUGAGCCCUUCUGUGAGGGAAAGGCUCCUGUUCCGGGACCUCUCCGGGGACCCCCUGGGAGCCCCCUCCCCGAAUUGUGGCGCUGCUGCACCAGGACCUUCACCCCCCUCCCCUUUUGGGGGCUCUGGGGGCUCUGGCCCAGCUCCAGCUCAUCCUGGGGGGGCCCCCCAAGACCCCCGGAGCCCCCCGGAGCCUGAGGCUGCUCAGGGACCCCCGGAAAGGGCGGGGGGCCCUGGAGGAGACCCUCACCCUCCUCCCCGACGGCUCCUUGGGGGGGCCCCCCCCGCCCGACCCCUCCCCAAAUUUGGGGGAGGAGGAGGAGGAAGAGGAGCCCAAAAAGGCCCAAAACGCCCCAAAUUUGGGCCCCUCCCCCCUGACUUUUCGCCUGGGGCUGUCGGGGGCCGAGCGGGGGGCGAGGGCGGCCCUGACCCCCCCGUACCUGCCCAGGAUCGUCCCCGAGGCGCCCCCCGAGGACCCCGAGGACCCCGACGAGGACCUGGACCUUUGAACCCCCCCCGAAAUUCCCAAAUUUUGGGGGAAAAUCCCCAAAUUCGGGACCCAAAUAAAGGAGCUGCACCUCCCCCACCCUGCCGGGCUCAUUUCGGGCCCCGCCCCCCCCGUGCGUGCCCCGGAAGCGGCGCUGCCGGAAGUGUCGCACCGGAAGUGGCGGGGCGGGGGUUGGGGGGGAAGAUGGCGGCCAUGGCGGCGCCGCUCGGUCCUCGCUGA